GACCAGCGUCGUUCCCUCUCCCAAGCCCUACGACACGGGCGGAGCAGCAGACGGGGACAAGUAUUUUCCGCGACAACAGCAACCGCCGCAACCUUGCCAUGCAACAGCAGCAGCAGCUCACGCCGCAGGGCUUCGGCGUCGGCGCCGCAUUGUCGCCGAUGCAGGGGAUCGGCGCGUCCUCGUCUUCGUCGUCGUCGCAGGCGGCGGCCGCGACGGCGGCGGCGGCGGAUGCGGCGAGGGCGCGCGCGGCGGAGCAGAUGGCGUACGAGGACGCGUGGAAGGCCUGCAACCCGGACUUCACCACGCCCUUUGCCUCCGUCGAGGACGCCGUCACCAGGCUGCUCCCGUACCAUGUCUUCGCGGAUUACGAUGAGGAGGACACCUACAUCGACGACGCCGGGACGGAGAAGUCGAGUGCGGAGAGGUGGGACAACGACGUGGGAGCCACCAUGAUGAAGCAGAUCGCGGAGUUCGAGAAGCACGUGCUGACCUUCAACGUCAUGGCCCGGCAGCGCGCCGAAGGCACCAUGCGCGGCGAGGAGCAGCUCCUGCUGGGGCGCGCGCUCAUCCAGGACGAGUUCCGUGUGUCGGACAACGUGCGCCUCGCGCACAUCCAGCAGCAACAGCAGGAGGCCUCGCGGGCGUCGCGCCUGGCACUCGCGCAGGCGCAGGCGCAGGUCGCGAACGCGUGGCCGCUGGUGCAGCCCAGCAACCCGUCCGGUUGGCAGCAGGCGCUCGCCGCGGCGGCGGCAGCGGGGGCGCGCGGCGACGGGGUGCCCGCGCAGAUGGGGACGCCCCAGGGCGUGGCAAUGCAUCCACAGCUUGAUCCUUCCGCGGCCGCUGCGUGGCUGAUGAUGCAGCAGCAGCAGCAGCAGCAGCAACACCAACAGCAGCAGCACCACCAGCAGCAGCAGCAGCUGGGCCUGGGCGUGUGGCCAACGCUCGCGGCGCCGCACGGCGUGGGCAGCUCAAAUGGGCAGGUGGGGCCGUCGGCCUUGUGGCAGGAGCAGGCUGCUGGGGAACAUACGACGAGCGGCACGGCGGUUGGCGGGAUGGCGCAGCCGUGGUGGGCGGGUGGCGCACAAAGGAGGGAGCAGUAGGGCUUAGUAUCAUCAGACUGAGUGAUAUACAUUUUGUAUUGUAGCAUGUGUGCAUGUGUUCUCUGAACUCUGCUUGGAUGUAAGAGCACCAAACAAACAGUGGAUUAUCAUAACAGAUCAUGUUGUUCAU